UGGCGACCCUGGGAUCCAGGGCCCCCAGGCCUUACUGGUAGUAAAGGAGAGACAGGCAUCCGGGGACCACAGGGACUCGACGGCAGCGCUGGAAGACCUGGGACUUGCGGCCCCCAAGGACCUUCUGGAGACCCGGGCAGAGAUGGAGAGAAUGGUCCCCCUGGUCCUCCUGGACCCAGCGGGAUGCAAGGACCAAUGGGGAGGCCAGGUUCUAAAGGUCUGAAAGGUGAUGCCGGGCCUUGUGGGGAACGAGGAUCAGAAGGAUUUCCAGGACGUGGAGGACUUAAAGGUGCUAAAGGGGAACCAAGCCCACCUGGACCAGGAUCUAAAGGAUUCCCAGGAGAGAAGGGAAAUCGGGGAUUUUCAGGAUGUCUGGGUACGAAGGGGCCUCCAGGAACCAGGGGAACCGUUGGUCCUCCAGGAAACUGUGGCCCCUGUGGCCCCAAAGGAGAUUCUGGAUCCCCGGGAUGCAGAGGUCCUCCUGGGUCUCCUGGUGAAAAGGGUUGUAAUGGUCCUCCGGGGGACAACGGCCCUGCAGGACCCGCCGGCCUCACAGGUAACAAGGGCGCUCCUGGAGAUCCAGGUCCAGCUGGUCCCAGAGGAACACAGGGGCAGGAUGGGAUACCUGGACCUCCAGGAGAGAAAGGAGCCAUGGGAGCUCCUGGAAGCGGACCCCGGGGCCCAGAUGGGAAGAGAGGUCCACCUGGAUGUGUUGGGGAGAAGGGUCCUCCCGGUGCCUGCGGCCCACCUGGUCCUCCUGGUCCUGGGGGACACCCAGGGUGUCACGGUGCUCCUGGCCCCCCCGGUCCUCCUGGUUGGCCUGGCACAGAUGGAGCCUGCACUGAAGGAGGAAAAGGAGAAAAUGGAGUCACCGGACAACGGGGACCCAAAGGUCCACAGGGCUUUCGGGGUCCUCCUGGUCCUCCAGGUCCUGGUUUUAAAGGAGAGAAGGGAUCCAAAGGAGCCAGAGGAUGCCGAGGACCACCUGGUUCCUGUGGUGACCCUGGUCCUCGAGGCCAGCCGGGUGAAGAAAGACCACCAGGUCCACGUGGACAGAAAGGCCAGAUGGGGGACACUGGUGUCACGGGACCAGUUGGUAUGAUGGGGGGCACCGGACCACCGGGGGACCAGGGCUCACCAGGACCUCCAGGACCAGCUGGGCAGAGAGGCCAGAAAGGGAAGGACACACACUCAGAGGUGAUUCAGGUGCUUGGAGACCAAGGCCCCCCUGGAGGAGAGGGAAACCCAGGACUGACAGGACCACCAGGGGCCCAAGGAACACCUGGAUGUCCAGGUUUAAAGGGCUUCAUAGGGACCGUUGGUCCCAGAGGACGAGAUGGUCUUCCUGGAC